AUGUCUGUCGCAAAGCCCAGCUUCAAGUCCUCCGCCGCCUUUGAUGUUAUCAACGACGCUCUCAAGUCCGACAAGGCGGAACGCGAAAACGCCAUUAAGAGCACCAAAGCCAUUUUCACAUUCACCCUGACCAACGACAAGGGCGAGACCGAGAGCUGGUAUCUCGAUUUCAAGAACCAGGGCGUUGUUGGCAAGGGUGCUGCUCCCGAGGGUGAAAAAUCCGAUGUCACCCUCUUGCUCUCUGAUUCGGAUUUCGGUGGCCUGGUCAGCGGCUCCUCCAACGCACAACGUCUCUUCAUGGGCGGCAAGCUCAAGAUCAGAGGCAAUGUCAUGAAGGCCAUGAAGAUGGAGCCUAUCCUCAAGAAGGCUCAGACCAAGGCUAAGUUGUAA